CUAUUAAUACAUCAGCGAAUACACACUGGAGAGAGACUGUAUCACUGCACUGACUGUGGGAAGAGUUUCAGUCGAUCAGGACAACUUGUAACACACCAGCGAAUUCACACAGGAGAGAAACCAUAUUACUGCUCUGACUGUGGGAAGAGUUUCAGGGAUUCAACAGACCUUGUAAAACACCAGAGAACUCACACAGGAGUAAAGCCAUAUCACUGCUCCGACUGUGGUAAAAGUUUCAGUCAGUCAGGACAACUUGGAAAACAUCAGCGGAUUCACACAGGAGAAAAAACGUUUCAUUGCUCUGACUGUGGGAAGAGUUUCAGUUCGUUAGCAAACCUUGUUUCACACCAGCGAAUUCACUCAGGAGAGAAACCGUAUCACUGCUCUAACUGUGGGAAAAGUUUCCGUCACUCAGCAUCCUUUGCUGUACACCGGCGCAUUCACACAGGAGAGAAACCGUAUCACUGCUCUCACUGUGGGAAGAGUUUCAGACGGUCGGGACACCUUGUUUCACACCAGCGUAUUCACACAGGAGAGAAACCGUACCGCUGCUCUGACUGUGGAAAGACUUUCAGACGGUCGGGACACCUUGUUUCACACCGGCGCGUUCACACAGGAGAGAAACCGUACCGCUGCUCUGAUUGUGGGAAGAGUUUCAGUCAGUCAAGAUCCCUUGUUACACACCAGCAAAUUCACACAGGAGAGAAAAAAAAAAGAAAAUGUAAAUAAUGUUCCUGCAUAAAAAUAACUUUUAUCCAUUUUGCUUCCUGGCAUUUCAGCACAGCAGUGUGCUGCUGAAUAGUGUGGCUGCCCAAGCCGAGGAGACAGUCAGAACAAAUCCUUAAAUGGAAUUUACUAGUGUAACGACCUCACCCUUAGCACAAAGCCAACCACUAUGGAGUGAUUACCUCCCUAUAUUAAAUAUAUCCCAUGACAAAAACAAGUUCGACAAACAGCUGUUUAAAGGGGUGAUCUCAAAUGCAAAAAUCCAAGUUAGGAGAAGCAAUUAGGCCAAUCUUGUCAAGCAAAUAGGCACAAUUGGAAAGGUGCUGGGGCCCAAGAUUCACACAAUUCUUGCUUCUAACUUGGCGCCUUUUUUUUGAUCGCUUCGCUCCACUUUAUCGCUCCUCUUGAAAUGCUCUUUGUAUGAUUGAAGUGACUGAGACACACACUCACAUUGUAAUACGAAAGACAUAAUUUCGGAUUGGAUCAGAAUCUGAGUGCUCAUGUUCAACACUGUGUUGUUGUUGUUUUUUUUUUGUUUUUUUUAGUUUUUUUUAAUAAAUAGAGCUAUUAAAAAAUGAUAUGUCCAAACUACAAAGUAAAAUGCGCAAUGCAAAUUUAGGACACAGUGUAAAUGCUCUUAUUGGAAGUCCAGGAAUGCUGAAUUCAGCUCCAUCGAUUGCUAUGAGCUACAGCUGUAUCACAGAGCAGCUCUCCUGGUAAACCCUUUGAAGGAGGAAACAAACUGCUAUUGUUAAUUAUUUUGCAUAGAAUGGCACAAGGCAGCUGUAAUAGAGUAAAUGUAGAUGCGCUUUUAGACUGUGUGUUGCUGCUAGCCCCACCCUGUGCAAAUUCAAAGUGUAAAACCAGAUAACACAACGAGCAGGGCACAAGCUAAGCGAUGAGCUGUAUUUGAUUAGGGAAAUAAAAGCUGUUUACUUUGACUAUCUGCGUCAGUCUGGAUUCUUAUAGAAAUCAAAUGUAAGACAACAAAUAUACUAGAAGUGUCAGGGGUGGAAGUUGCAGGUUGAGAUUUUAGAGUCAGUGUUUCCCUGCAUGCAUCACUGUGAGCAGCUCCUUCCUCCAGACACAGACCCACACUGGAAUGUUUAGAUGACUGGGUGUGAGGAGCCUUGUGUUAACAAUGGGAGAACUGGGCUGACUGGGGAGGUAACUGCUACUGCCUAUUUCAAUAGUCUUAUUACUGUGUUGUUACAUUAUGGACAGCAGUGGUGCUCUGGCUCCCUCUUGUGGUCACUAUUAAUAUCUGCUGUGUGUCUCUCGGAGGUCAAAUUAAUUGCUCUUUGUCAUUAAAAUGCUGUUUUUAUCAUCAAA